UUACUGGGGGUGGUGGAGGGGGAGAGAGAGAGCGCGAACGGUCACCAUGGCGAUAGCCGGCUCCUGGCUCCUCGCGCUCUGGCUGCCGGUUUUCAUCGUCUCAGCUGGCAAAAUGAAGAUUGUGGAUGAGCCAAACACUUAUGGGCUAAACAAUCCUUUCCUGUCCCAAGUAAACAGACUUCAACCGAAAAUCAAUCCUGCUGCGAUUUCAGGCCCAACUCAUCUGCACAGACUUGCUGGGAAAUGCUUCAGCAUGACGGAGUCUGUAUACAAGUAUGAGUUCUGCCCCUUCCAUAAUGUCACUCAACACGAACAGACAUUCCGCUGGAAUGCUUACAGCGGGAUUCUAGGAAUAUGGCAGGAAUGGGAGAUUGAGAACAACACAUUUGUGGGAAUGUGGAUGAAGGAAGGAGAUUCCUGUGGCACCAAGAACAGACAGACCAAGGUUCUUCUUAAAUGUGGACCCAGCCACAAAUUGAUCCAUGUUUCCGAGCCCCACACUUGUAUCUACUGGCUCAGUUUCGAGACGCCCCUGGUAUGCCACCCCAAUUCUUUACUGGUUUAUCCAAGUCUGAAGCAAGAGUUGCAGAAUCAGUGGGACCAGGCAGAACAAUCACUCUAUGAUGGCCUUAUUACUCAGCAAGGUUAUAGGAAGUUACUGCGAGCGAUAUUUGAAAAUGCAGGUUACCUAAAACCUACUGGAGAAAAGCAGACUCGACCAGAGAUAGAAGAACAGAACCAGUCGCAAGACACCACCUUGAGCAGGUGUAACGAGGAACGAAAUAAACUCUCCGCAGAGAUCCAAAGACUGAAGGAUUUACUGACCCAUCACAACAUAUCUUUUUUAAAGCCAACUGAGAGUGAAAAUAACCCCAUCAUCACUGGUCAAACUCCUAGAAGCCAAAAGUUGCGUGGAGAUCUGGGGCUCCGAGAUGAGGCAGUGUGAUCAGUAUCCAGUGGAUAGUCUGGCGUGGACCACAACAUGAAUUGUUUAUUCUUGACCAAGCCCUUUCACAAAUGUUGUUAUGAAAUGCUUUUCAGUCACUGGAAUAUUUCUCAUGUAAAUCCUGCUUACAUUAAAUGUGAAAUUGCUGAGUUUUCUUUAUACAGUCAGAAUAGGAAUAAUGUAUUGUAUUAAAUAGAGGAACUGCACCAGUUUUAAGAGUUGAAUAAAUAUGGAGUUGAUUUUUAAA